GAUAGGGGGAAGAGCGAAGGCCGCAGGGAGCAACGCUGGAACCGGAGCGGGCGGCAGGGAGGGGAGCGGCGACCGAGGCGAAGGGCCGCCGUGCGGCGGAGGCAUCGAGUAAGGGUCUGGGAGUAGGGUCUGGGAGUCCGUGCUUAGGGCUCCUGGGGUCGCGUGCGCGAGUGCUGGGGCGCGCGCGGUAGGCGGGCAGGGGCUAGAAGCCCGCGGGGUGGCCGUCGGGCAGCAGGCAGACUGGCUGGGCCCGGGCCGCGCUAGAUGGCGGCGGGCCUACGCCAGCUCCAGCUCCAGCUCCAGCUCCAGCUCCAGCUCCAGCUCCAGCUCCAGCUCCAGCUCCAGCUCGAAGUGCCCGGGCCUGGGAUUUGGCCUCCCGGUUCCCUCUGGCCCGCCUCCUUCAGUGUAAAAAGUUUUAGACCAAGGAACCAUGGAUAGGAGAAGUGUGGGUGAAACAGAAAAUGGAGAUGCUUUCCUUGACUUGAAGAAGCUGCCGGCCUCCAAGUCCCCCCAUCGCUAUACAAAAGAGGAGCUCUUGGAUAUAAAAGAACGCCCCCAUUCCAAACAGAGGCCUUCGUGCCUCUCAGAAAAGUACGACAGUGAUGGUGUCUGGGACCCUGAGAAAUGGCAUGCCUCUCUCUACCCUGCUUCAGGGCGGAGCUCACCAGUAGAAAGUCUAAAGAAAGAGUUGGAUACUGAUCGACCUUCCCUGGUGCGCAAGAUAGUAGAUCCACGAGAACGUGUAAAAGAAGAUGACUUGGAUGUUGUUCUCAGCCCACAGAGACGGAGCUUUGGAGGGGGCUGCCAUGUGACAGCUGCUGUUAGCUCCCGCCGCUCAGGAAGUCCAUUGGAAAAAGACAGUGAUGGGCUUCGCCUGCUAGGUGGACGAAGAAUUGGCAGUGGGAGGAUCAUCUCUGCCCGGAACUUUGAAAAGGAUCAUCGUCUUAGUGAUAAAGACCUGCGGGACUUGAGAGAGAGAGAUCGAGAGAGGGACUACAAGGACAAGCGUUUCAGGAGGGAGUUUGGGGAUAGUAAGCGUGUCUUUGGCGAGCGUAGAAGAAAUGAUUCAUACACUGAAGAAGAACCAGAAUGGUUCUCAGCUGGACCCACAAGUCAGUCUGAAACCAUUGAACUGACUGGCUUUGAUGAUAAGAUACUAGAAGAAGAUCACAAAGGCAGAAAAAGAACAAGGCGACGGACGGCCUCUAUAAAGGAAGGCAUAGUUGAGUGCAAUGGAGGCGUGGCUGAAGAGGAUGAGGUGGAGGUCAUCCUCGCCCAAAAGCCUACUGCUGAUCAGGAAGUGCCAAGGGAAUCUGUCUUGCCUGAACAAUCCCCGGGAGAAUUUGACUUUAAUGAGUUCUUUAACCUUGAUAAAGUUCCAUGCUUGGCUUCGAUGAUAGAAGAUGUUUUGGGAGAAGGGUCAGUCUCUGCCAGUCGGUUCAGUAGGUGGUUCUCUAAUCCAAGCCGAUCAGGAAGCCGAUCCAGCAGCCUUGGGUCAACACCACAUGAAGAGUUGGAGAGACUUGCAGGUCUGGAGCAAGCUAUCCUUUCUCCUGGACAAAACUCAGGGAAUUAUUUUGCUCCUAUACCAUUGGAAGACCAUGCUGAAAAUAAAGUGGAUAUUUUAGAAAUGCUGCAGAAAGCCAAAGUGGAUUUAAAACCUCUACUUUCCAGCCUUUCUGCAAAUAAAGAAAAACUUAAAGAGAGUUCACAUUCAGGGGUUGUGCUUUCAGUGGAAGAGGUAGAAGCAGGGCUCAAGGGCUUGAAGGUGGACCAACAAGUAAAGAAUUCAACUCCCUUCAUGGCAGAACACUUAGAGGAGACCCCGAGUGCUGUAACCAGCAAUCGACAACUCAAGAAAGAUGGAGAUAUGACUGCAUUUAACAAGCUAGUGAGCACCAUGAAGGCAAGUGGGACUUUGCCUUCUCAGCCCAAAGUCAGUCGAAAUCUUGAAAGCCAUUUGAUGUCCCCUGCUGAGACUGCAGGCCAGCCUGUCCCUAAGAACAUCCUGCAGGAACUUCUGGGUCAACCAGUUCAAAGACCUGCUUCCUCCAAUCUUCUGAGUGGCCUUAUGGGGAGCUUGGAGCCUACUGCAUCUUUACUGGGCCAAAGAGCACCCUCACCUCCUGUGUCACAGGUGUUUCAAACUCGGGCAGCCUCAGCAGACUACCUUCGUCCAAGAAUACCAUCACCAAUUGGUUUCACACCAGGACCACAGCAACUACUUGGAGAUCCAUUCCAAGGCAUUCGAAAGCCCAUGAGCCCUGUCACAGCUCAGCAGAUUAGCCAGCUAGAGUUGCAGCAGGCAGCUUUGGAGGGGCUAGCCCUGCCACAUGACCUUGCAGUACAGGCAGCAAACUUCUACCAGCCAGGUUUUGGCAAACCACAGGUGGACAGAACCAGAGAUGGAUUCAGAAACAGGCCACAGCGAGUGACCAAGUCACCAGCACCUGUGCACCGAGGGAAUUCCUCUUCCCCAGCUCCUGCUGCCUCCAUCACUAGCAUGCUUUCUCCUUCCUUCACCCCUACCUCAGUAAUCCGGAAGAUGUACGAGAGCAAAGAGAAAAGCAAGGAGGAGCCUGGAUCUGGAAAAGCAGUUCCUGGUGACAGUAAAGAGGAUACUCAGAAGGCUAGUGAAGAGAACCUACUAUCAUCUAACUCCAUACCUAAUGCCGAACGAGACUCUUCUACAGCAAAUCCCAAACUUCCAACAUUACAGCGAUCUUCGUGUUCUACCCCACUAUCCCAGACCAACCGUUACACCAAAGAACAAGAUUACCGACCUAAAGCAACUGGAAGGAAAACACCCACCUUGGCAUCCCCGGUUUCAGGAACACCUUUUCUCCGACCUGUCCACCAGGUUCCUCUUGUUCCCCAUGUCCCUAUUGUUCGGCCUGCUCACCAACUUCACCCAGGGUUGGUCCAGAGGAUGCUGGCCCAGGGAGUGCAUCCACAGCAUCUUCCAAGUUUGCUCCAAGCUGGUGUACUUCCUCCUGGGAUGGACCUGACUCAUUUACAGGGAAUAUCUGGCCCACUCCUGGGUCAGCCCUUUUACCCUUUACCUGCUGCUAGUCACCCUCUCCUAAACCCUCGUCCUGGGACACCUCUGCACCUGGCAAUGAUGCAACAGCAGCUACAGCGCUCAGUUCUGCAUCCUCCAGGCUCUGGGUCCCAACCCGCAGCUGUCAGCGUUCAGACUCCUCAGAAUGUGCCCAGUCGCCCAGGCCUACCACACAUGCACUCCCAGCUGGAGCAUCGCCCCAGCCAAAGGAGCAGCUCCCCUGUGGGUCUUGCCAAAUGGUUUGGCUCAGAUGUGCUGCAGCAGCCCCUCCCCUCCAUGCCUGCCAAAGUCAUCAGUGUAGAUGAAUUGGAAUACCGACAGUGAGCAGGCCAGGCAGGCUCAUCCAUGCCUGGACCUAUGGUGGCACCCUGGUCAGGACUUUGCUGCCUCAUCUUGGGUUGGUUUACUGGCUUUUACUUUGGAGCAUUCUGGGUAAAGCUCUUAAUGGGACACAUGCACCUGGCAUGGUUUGCAUUAUGACAGAAAGAUCUUAACCAAUGGAGUGGAGCCUACAUGGUCUGAGUGCAGGAUGCAGGGUUUUGUCAGUCCUGGAAAGUCUUUUCUUUUUUGUAAGAUAUUUGAAUGAAGUGUUGUUGUCUUCACCCCAAGAGGUGGCACCUAAGGGUUCUGAGGAAAUGUAUAGACCCUUAUGUACAGAACUAUGUAUAAACAACCUUUGUACAUACAUAUAGGAUAGAUUUUUUUGAACUUAUACAGCUGUACAUAAAAGUAGCUGGUAUUAGUUAAGCCUGUGUCAACAAUUUGGAUUUUUUUCACUUGUACAUUUGGGACUUUUUCUUUCGGUUGAUUAAAGUUGCAAAUGCUAAGUGUGUGAAUGAAUUGAA